AUGUCUUUUAAUUAAACAGAUUUAAUGUUUAAAUUGACUGAUAGGAAUACGAGUUUAGCCAAAUAAGACAUGAUUGAUAUAAAAAUGAUUAGCACAUUUAAUCAAGCUUUCUAAUAAACUUAGUAAAAGCAAUAAGUUAUAUAAUUUAGAAUAAAAAACAUUCAUAAAAGCGAUCUAAUUUGUCUUGAUGAUAAUGGUGUUAGAGUAAUUUAUUUUAAAUUAAAAUCUUUAGUAUUUAAAAUGAUAAUUAAAGUUGGUCACCUCAAUGGUGAGGUUAGACUAUAUGAUUUAGCUGACUCUUGCACAGCUAAAGAGUUGAUGAUGAUGAUUUAGUCUGAAACUUAGUGUGAAAUCACUUUGGUGAGUAAUGGGGAAGCUGUUGCAGCAUCUGCUUUAUUAGGUAAAGGCAUCAUGCAAUAUUGAUAGGUAGCGAGAGCAUAUAUUAUGUGAAUGUAGAUGCAGAAGGAGGUAAAAAGAAGAAGAAAAAGAAGAAGAAUUUUGCUAAACCCAAGAAGAAGAAGCAUAGACACCGAAAGGUUAAAUUGGCAACACUCAAGCUUUACACUGUAGAUGGUAAAGGGUUAGUUUAGAGAUCACAUAAACAAUGCCCACAAUGUCCUCAAGGAGUUUAUAUGGCAAAACAUUUUGAUAGACAUUAUUGUGGUACAUGUCAUUAAACAUUCAGAAUGGAUGAAGCAACAGUAAGAAUGUGUGUUGAUAUCUAUAGAUUAAAGCAAAUUUAGAAGCAAUAAAAAAAUAAUAGGCAGCCAAAGCAGCAGCGGAAGCAGCAGCCGCUCCAGCAGGAGGAGCAGCAGCUGGAGGAGCAGCAGGAGGUAAGAAAGGAAAGAAAAAGUGAUCAUCAGUAUAAUAAUAUUAAAUAUAUC